AUGGCACACUGCAGCUCAACAGGCAAUGCUGGCUGUCCUUCGGGUGUCCCCACACCAGCACCAGUGGGGAACCCUUCGGCAUGGUUGCCAAAAGCUGAAACGGCUCCGGGUUGCACACAAAACCCUCCUGUCGAGAACGAUUGGUGGUCACCAGUGGAUGCUGAAGUGCAGGCCGCGUUGAUGUGGGCUGUGUGGCGAUUGAACCUUGGUGGCCAUGUGCCCAGGCCCCCUUUGCCGCCGUGCCAGUCCAUGGGUUGCGGACCAUUCACAGACACAUCUGGCACCCAAAGCUUGCCUCCUGGGGAAACCAGCUGUGCAGGAACGGACAAGUUCUCCCCCCCAAAGAGCGCAGAUCAAACGACACAGCAGCAGCAGGUUGGAAGGGACCGGAAAAGACAAAGGCAGUGCAUGAGCGAAGACAAGCCCACAGAUAAGGCCAUUCAUGGCUUUGAGACAAUCUCGAUGGCGCUGCAGCGAUGCAGCACCUUUCGGCCAUCUACGCCAUGCUCUGUACCUCCAACAACCCAAGACAUCCACACCAGCUGGAGAUUCUCUCGACAGCCCCUGGCCUCUGUGGCACCAAUGGCCUCCAAUCCAGCCAACGAAUUCAGCAACGUAGAGAAUGCGAGGCAGAGGCAGGGAGAGCAAUCUGGUUGGCCCAGCUGCAGUGGCAACUUGAGCAUGGCGACAACACCCAGCGCUGGAUCAGGCAUGACUCCUGAGUCGAUUGGCAUGCUGCUGGGCGCCAUGGGUGCAAGCUCCCUCCUACAUAAUCAGGGCAUGCAGCAGAACUAUCUCGUGCAGAUGCUGAUGCACAGUCAGGGCCUGCAACAGGAACUUUUGAGAAUGGGAGGGAGGGCGAAGGGGAACGAGCAGUCGACGAUGUCUGGAGUCGCUCCCAAGCUGGACGGGGAAGGCAGUUCCCAGCUACUGAAUCUGCUGAUGCAAUCCGGCUGGAAUCCAUCGGAAGCAAUGAGCGGCGUGUGGCAGCAGUCACCACAGAUGCCCCAAAACUGA